AUGUUGGAUUGUUGGCUGCGCUGUUCCUAUAAAUGCAUCGUCGCUUUUACGGCGAUCUAUGAACAACUACGGGUUAAUAAUGUCGGUUGUUUGCCAGAUGUUAAGAGAUUGUGUGGUACACUGGAGGAGGCUGCGAACAAAAAUGAAUUUUGUCAGGCGACACAUGUAGCCCUUAUUGAAUGCUUAAUGAGGCUGAGCAUUACGAAGUUGGCUGCUCCUGUGAGUUUGGAGGGAGAGAUACGACGUCUCAUUGAGAUGCAUCCACAGUUGAAAAACGUCGUUGAUUUGUCCAGUUCCCAGCCCAUCGAGUCAUGCUCAGCUGAGAUAGUGGAACUAUACAGUCAUCACAUCCACUUAUGGUUACUAUCAGUUGCAUGGAUUGUGAUACCGGAGUUGCUGCAGAAUAGACAGGUCAGGGGGAUCGACCAUGGAGUGCUUAUUCGAGGGCUUGGCUUCAUAUCGUUGCUCUCGUGUGCAGCAUACUACUAUCGCUCCAACAUCGGAAAAGUGGUGCCGACGCGUUCCAGGCCGUUGUUAGAUACAGCUCCUUGCCUGGAUGCGCAAUUAGCUGCAAUGUCCGCGACGAAUGAACCAAUGAAAGGGGAUCCAAUGCUAGAGGACGACCAGUUGAAUGCACCGCGCCUCUUUGCCACCCUCGGAGGCAUUUUAGAGGAGAAAAAGGGGAGUGGUGGCAAACCAGAUCCGCCUCACAUCAGCCUGAUCACUGCUGCCCUCUGCGCUUUGCCGCACUUUGUUGGUAGUACGGGCGUGGUUUUCUCUGAUUUAUCAGCCCUCUGUUCGAGUGCGGCCCUCUUCCAUUGGUUUACGGGGUCUAAAUGGUCAAGACCUGCACUAGGUCAGCUUGAGCGCAUUAACUCUCAUCCCACUUCUCAAGAGGUUCCGUCGCCCAGUGAGACUGCUCUAAAAAACAGCAUUGCUCUACAGAUUCUUGUCCGUUCAUCUGGUGGCUUCGCAAAGAAAGCGCGACCAGCGAACCCAGACAAUAUUCCAGCUGCACUCGUUGAUCUCAAUACGGUGGAGCAGUUGGUCAGCAGCACAACCUCUGACACAUCCGAGGGCAGCAAGUCGACCGAAAAGCAACAACAGGAGGACGUUCUUCUAAGUGAGCUGGCCUGUACCGCAGCCUUAGCCGUUGUCGACUCACCCAGCGGCGACGGCAUCGGCUCCAGUGAUGCACAGAAAAUCAAAGUAUUUCCCAAUCUCUCUCCUCCCCUGAAGCGAACAAACGCAGGAAGUACAAACAUGAAUGCAUUCUUUUUGAACAAGAGUGGCAAGGCUGUUUUCACUGCUUCCCUUCGUCGGUCCCCCGCCUGCGUUGCAUUCAAAAUGAAUUCACCCCGAAUUGAUGAUUCUCCCGGUUCCAACACUCUUGAAACAGAAGAAACCACGCUGACGUUGCUAACUCAGAUGACCGCAUCCGCCACCCAACUCCUUACUUCACAGAAAAGCGUGGCGACAUCUCGGAACUGUAAGCGUGCAGGAAAAACAAAUUGGACGGAGAGGGCUCGACAGGGUGAGGAGAAGCGAAGUCAUUCGGUGGCGGCAACGCCGACGGAGACUGGUAAGGGCUCGGCGGCGCUGCGGCUCUCGUUGGACCAGCAACGUCGCACCAUCGAGGCCAACCGGCAGCGAGCGCUCCGGCAGGGUGACAAGGUUGCCGCCCAUCGUAAUCAAGCCGCUUUUUUGGCCCUCCUUCAUUCUUCUCAGAAGCGUCGUCGCCAAGGUGCUAACUACGAAGGCCCAUCUCUUGCUGAAGAGGAAGAAAGCGGAAACUCACAAAAGUAUAACGACGACUUCACAGUGAGUCAAAGUGAUCUGCCUCCUAAAGAUUCUGCCGAGGAAGAAGCAGAAGGGGAGUGCGUGGUGAAGGAAAAAUCUGAGCAAAAUUAUUCAAGUUCUUCGGUGCCGGAUGUAGAAACCACUGAUAUGGAAGACUUUUCAUCCAGUUGCGUGCCCGAUCAAGCUGAAAUGUCGUCUAAUGGGGCAACCCGAGAAUCCCCCAUUCACUGCUCUUCUCCUGUAAAAAGUCCUCAGUCAGAAGAAAUCCCGACUCCUCGGAUGAAUCGUCGACGCAGCUCUUGCUCCACCUCCUCACCCUCAUCGCCGAAUGAAGAAAUUGAUCCCGAGGAGCAUCGCUCGGUCUCACGUCGUCGACACUACCACCGCCUCAAUUAUGAGCAGCCUGUACAAUCUGCCCGAAUCCACUAUCGCCCCGAGAGUUGCUGCUUCCAGUGCUCGCACUGCAACGCCCAAGACUACUACAGUUCCAUGCCUCGACGCAGACACAGAGGGCGGAUGGAAGCAAACGUAGAUGAUGGUACUUUGGAAGAGAAUGUCGACUAUGAGGAACUUUAUGGAACCAUGCCCAGACGGCGAGUACCCAAACCUCCACGUGGUGUGAGACAAUAUUGCUGCUCUGGGAAUAAUUAUCGACGUGGUAGAGAAUUCUCUCCUGAAGAUCGCAAAGAGAAUGAUGGUAUCCUCGUCAAUGAAACUGCUUCAGAAAUUUACUGGAAUACGCAUUUGGGCCUUGAGUAUUCCAUAUUUUGGAGUAGUCGCCUUCUCUCUUCCGCCGUCGAGUUCUCGCGUCCAUUGUAUUUCAAAUGCAGGUUAAAGACUCGAAGAAGGACUCCUUCGAGCCAGCAUCUACGCCAAUGCCAACUGGGAGCUCUCGACUCUGGCGAGGAAUUUAGCUACCCCGUGUGCACUUCUGCCCUCCCUCCUCGACCGCAUCGCUUAGAGUUAAAUCACCUGGGGAAGUCGGCGGGAACCGGUCUAGACGCUCUUGUGAUAGCGGAGCUCGCGCGCUCAGUGACUACACUUCGCUCUGACAUUGAACGUCUCACUGCACAGCAACUCUCCCUGUGCACUGACCUCCGCGACACCGAUCCGACGAGGUCUGUCCCACCAGUUGGAUCUGCCCACUCCUCCCACCUGCAUCCGGCUGUCACACCCUCCAGCAGCACCCGCGCCAUGUGGAGCACGAGGACCCCCCUGCGGUAUCCCUCCCAGUGCGACGUGCGGAACAACGGCGACGAUCACGUGGAUGCCGAUUCUCCCGACCAUAUGACCAGUGAAAAGCAUCCACUUGAGAAAAUCUCCCUUUCUACCCCAGAGAUUAAACCGUUGGAACCGAUAUCACCUCCCGAGUCAAGAGCAACGGAUGAUCACAUCGAGGCUGCAAUCGAAUCUCCAUCUCCAGAGCCCGAAGUCAUCAAACCUGCUGAAAAGCUCUUUAUUACCUUUGAAAAUCCCACCUCGGAGCGUCUCCAACGAGCACGAGAGCGUCUUGAGGCUCGCAGAGCGGCCGAUCGCUCUAGACUGACUGAAAGCGCCUUGCGCGCCCGCAUGGCUGAUCAGGAGUCACAGUUCCUGUCGGAAUUAUCCGAAAUGGCGAGAAACGUCUCUAUUCUCCCUACAGAUGAUGUCUUUUCCACAGAUAUAGAGCCCGAAAAUUCAGGCUUUCCUGUGCAUACAACGAAUGACAACGGGACAGCCAGUAACGGCGAAGGUGGAUCAGUGGAUUCAGCUAUUCCCCCGAAACCCACCUGCCCGACCUCGGCACUACUCCGAGACACCUCUGCUACCGCUACCGCUGCACGACGAAAGACAUCUGCUGGCGCUGCCCGCGUUAGUGGUAGCGGUCGGAACUCGCGAUCGGCUUCACUCUGCCAAUUGAAUGUUCGCAGUUCGGUCACAUCGAGCAGCGGGAACCGAUCCACUACUGCUGGACGCGUGACUUCAACCAAUGAUAGAGAGAAUGCUACAUCCGUUGGACGUCAAAGAUCUGCAUCACGACGGUCCAUCAAUCAACUUAGCAAUGGACCCAGUCUCUCUUCUCUUCAUCGACUGGAGAACGGCGAAGGAAGUACCUACAGCGGGCCAGGUUUUCCAAUAGCUGGAAUCCAAUCACAACCACGUCUCUACGUAAAGCCAAAGUCAAAGUCGAAUCGGCAGGUGAUUGUAAACGCAAUUUCACACUGCUGCCUUGCUGGAACCGUGAAUGAACCUGCAAAGAAGUUGGCAUUGCAGGAGCUCGCUGCUGUGGAUGGAUCGCAUUUCAUCGUUCUUUUCCGAGAUAGCAGAUGCCAAUACCGUGCUCUAUACGCCUUUGAUUUUGAAACAGAGGAACUCAAAUUCAUCUGCGGCAACGGCCCCCGGAAAAUUACUCAUAAUAUGUGUGAUAAGUUUUUCAAGUACAACAGUGGGGCGAAACAGUUUAGUGAGAUCACCUCCACAAAGCACCUGAGCGCAGUGGUCGACGCGGUCACAAUCCAGAAUUCCUGGUGGAUGCGAUCGCCACCAUUGCACAGCAACGCUGCGCGAGCCACUGCAUCAGCAGUGUCGGAUGUUUCUAACAAUGAAUUCAACAGAAAAAACAACAUGGUAAUUUGGGCUCGACAGGAAAUAGUUGAAGUCACCAACGUUCGAAAGGUUUUCAAUUGUCAGAAGUACUUCAUCUUCUGUGCAGCACCCCGAGUCUUCGGUGAAUUCGUACUGAACCCAAGCAGUGUAGAGGAACGUGCAGAGCUGGGAUUCUACGCCAUGGUCGGAACGGAAUUGGAUUGCAUCGCUGCUGGUGUGUAUUAUAGCGCACUUGUGUUUUGCAUUUUUCACAGAAGGGGGUUGCACUCUAUUUCUCUUGUUACCGAUUGCGUGCUAUCAGAUGAGACCCGGGGUUAUUGUUUGAACUUAUUAAAGACGUUUAGUAAUUGUCGCAUGGAAGUUAUUCUACUUAAAUCUACCAGUGAAGACGCGUAUUCUCGUGAAGCUGACCCAUACUUCUUAAAGUCUUGUGAAAUUUCCGUAGAACUUAUUAAAACAGUAUCAUUUUCUAUACGCGGGUGUCUCUUUGAACAACUUUACAAGUGGAGAUCGUCUUAUAGUUGUGUUGUUUUCUGCAGUCAACAAGCUGUUCACUCAUACGCUUCCACAAACUUGAUCGGUCUUCCUGAGGACUUGUGCUUUACUGUUGGACCCGCUACUUCUUCUGCAGCUAGCAAGUUGGGUUUCAAAACAACAGGUUCUCAUACUGGCAAUGCCAAAAAUUUGGCGAAAUUUAUACUUGAUAAUUAUGCUGAAGAAGUCUCAAAGAAACCGAUUCUCUUACUUACUGGAGCAAGACAUAGUCCUGUUUUGCCAAAUAGAUUGCGUGAAGCCGGCUUAUUAGUGGAAGAAGUCGUCCUGUACAGUUCUGCUCCGAACCCAGAUUUCGAGACUCAGCUCUCUUCAUUGUUGAAGAAGGGAGAAAACCGUUCGCAGUACCUGGUGUUCUUCAGUCCAUCAGGUGUCGAACUGGCACGGCCUAUUUUGUCUAAAUUCCUUUCGGAACCAAAUUCCGCCCUACGGAUCAUUGCAAUCGGACCCACUACCGCAGCGAAUAUUGAAGCCCUUCACCUUCCAUUGACAGCCGUCUGUCAAUCGCCGACCCCGGAGAGCUUGCUUGAGUGCCUACUUCAGGUCCUUCCUCACUGA